AUGUAAUAGAUAAUUUAAAACAAUCUAAGAUAGGAUGUUUAAUCUAUUGACAAUUCAAAUAUUAGUAAUUCUAGAGACUAAAUUUAAUUAGAUGAUUAAUUUUCAAAAAAAAUUUAAGCCUUAUUAGAGUAUGGAUUAUAUGAUUAAGCAUAUGAGAGAGUGAUGCAAAAUAAAUAAUAAGUUUAGGAUAACUUUUAAUUGUUAAUAGAAAUGUAAUUUCAUUUCAAUAUUGUAAAGAGCAAGAUUAUUUAAUACUUUUAAAUAACAUAAAUUAGCUUUAGAAAUUAUCAAACUUUCAAAUGUUUUUGAUUAAUAGUUAGAUAUGCAUUAAGAUCAGCUAAUAAUUAUAUUUAAAUAAUAUUAUUUAGAGACUUUAGUUGAAUUAUAAGAUAUCUAAGAAGUAUUAAAAGAAACAAAGAAUAUUUAUAAUGAAUAAGUAAGGAAGGUAAAAAAAAUUAAUAAAAUUUAGAUAAUAUAAGAUGAAUUACAUUUGAUAGAAGCACAAAAAAAAGGAUAAAAUAAUUAACAACUUCAUAAUUCUCAUGAAAAUCAUCAUUCAUAAUUAACUAUUGAGAUUCCUAAAUAAAAACGACAUCCUUUAUUAAAAUUUUUAAGCAAAAAGACUUUAAUCUUAUUUUUUAUUUUGUUUAUAAUUACAUAUUAUACAAUAAAGAGAAGAAGUGACAUAAAAGAACUUUUAGAAAAAGCAAAACUAAUUUUUAGAUAAUUUAUAAACAUUUGA